AUGCUUGUCCAGGCGUUAUUCAUACUCUACCUGCAACUACUUCGUGUAUCGGAACAAAUUCAACGAGGUCUAGAACGAAUCCUCACCACUACAGCUGAUGUGAUCGCACCUAACAUUGUUUUUUCUUGCAAAUAUGUGGCUAGGGUUCAUGAACGUGUAGCUGGCCUAUACAAUGACUUGCGGGGGCUAGCCGAUGUGGCAAAUCAGUGCUUUUAUCCACCCAGACAACUCUGGUAUAAAUUUAUCGACUCCAGAGGGACUGAAAGACUUGCCCUUGACGAUGUUCGAUUUUGGAAUCUGCUCGGAAAGGAGAAUAUCAGUCGCAAAUUGAAGUGGAAUCCGCAUUUGCUCAAAGCAAAGAGGCCAAAAAAUGUGAUUCUAUUCAUUGGUGACGGAAUGGGACUCUCAAUUGUGACUCCUGCAAGAAUCAAUAAGAACCAGAAAGCGCGAAAUCCAUACCUAAACAAGCCACUAUUCUUCGAAACAUUCCGUGCAGCAGGGCUGGUUAAGACGAGCUCUUUCACCCAUCAUGUUACUGACUCGGCAGCAGGAGCAGUGGCACUAGUCGGUGGAGUGAAGACUCGGCAAGUGGUCGUUGUUGGAAUCGACACAAUUGCGAAGAUGGGGUUUCAACAACUAUCCAGUGUGCUUGGAGAUCGGCAGGAGCCAACCUUUUCAGCAUCUGAAGACAAGCGUAAGCGGAAAAUGAGAACUCUCAGACUACUUCCUGACGAGGAGGAUUCCUCAGUCAGUUUCAAUUUGCAGUUCCACAAAAGAAACAGAGGAGUUCCUAUUACAACCGACAUGGCAGGCCUGAAAGACGAAGAACGCAGAACAAAAUUCCGCCAAUGUGUGCCUCCCUCCGCAAGAAGUACGGGCCAGAAAGAAGCUCAGCGAUGCGGAUUCGUCCACAAAGUGAAUCCAGGACGCUGCAAAGGAAGCGCUCCCAACUCAGAUGCCGCAGAAGAACCGGGAAAAGCAUCUGAGAAGGAUAUUGUGUUACCAGCUGCAAAAAGACCGCGAAAACGAAUGGAUUUCAAGAGCGAAGGAGUUUGA